AUGGCAUCGAAUCUCAGGUCGGCGUAUGGGUACACCGUCGUUUACGUACAAGACGUAUCCAAGUCGGUGGCUUUUUAUGCCGAUGCAUUCGGCUGCGACGUUCGCUGCGUGCACGAAUCAAACAGAUGGGGAGAGUUAGACAGCGGGCAGACCACGAUUGCUUUCACUCCGAUGCACCAGCACGAGACGGAUGAUCUGACCGGAAAGGUCCAAGCACCUCGAUCCAAUCGAGAAAGACAGCCGGUCGAGGUUUGUUUUGUUUAUGACGACGUGGAUGCUGCCUACGAGAGGGCGAUAGAGAAAGGAGCAGUGGGAAUAAGGGAGCCAGAGGAAAAGGAGUGGGGCCAGAAGGUUGGGUACGUCAGAGAUAUUGACGGCAUAGUGGUGAGGAUGGGAGGCCGAGUGAAUCCACCCGGCAAACGUUAG